AUGGGGAAGAAGCUGAAACCGAAGAUCCACGUUCGCGAUAGCAUAGUAGACUUUCUACUGCGAACGGAAAAAUUUCUACACAGUAGCCAGGCGCUCGACGAACACCAAAUCCAGUUUCGUUUGGAGAAACUGGAGGCAAAAUGGGACGAGUUUAAGGAAGUACAAUGCGAUAUCGAGGCAUCUGAUGAUCAUGAAGAGAAUGUGGAGCUUCAUCGGCAAGUACGGGCGGAUUUCGAAGAGAAAUAUUUAGAGGUAAGGGCAGGGUUGUUUGGAAAGCUACCACGGCAAGUACCGGCAUCAACACAAAAUGCAUUUUCUGGAUCUGAACCGGCUAGCGUACAUACUUAUGUAAGACUGCCGCAAAUAAAUUUACCGGAAUUCGACGGUAGUUAUGAAAAAUGGUUGCCUUUUCAUGACACAUUUCGAGCCUUGAUCGACUCUUCUCCAGAUCUGAGUGGUAUCCAAAAGUUUCACUAUCUACGAGCGUCUUUAAAGGGUGAUGCACUGAAGUUGGUCGAUUCUUAUACGAUGAGCGAGGUAAAUUACAGGGUUGCUUGGAAUGGUUUGGUAGCACGUUUUUCCAAUGGAUAUUUGCUAAAAAAGCGGCAUUUAAACGCAAUGUUCGAGUUCCCGAAAAUGCGGAAGGAAUCAUCGGUGGGUAUUCAUGACGUCAUCGAUUGUUUUGAACGGAACACGAAGAUUUUGGAUCAGCUUGGGGAGAAGACAGGCGGUUGGGGAGCAAUGCUUACGCAUCUGCUGGUAUCGAAAUUGGAUGAUGGUACUCAAAAACGUUGGGAAGAAAGUGCUUCAAACGAAAACGAGCCCUCCUUUGCAAUGUUGGUAGAUUUUCUCAAAAAACAAUCGCGGGUAUUGGACGCAGUUUCAGUGGAUCAACGAAUGGCUUCAGCGAACAGUCAAACGUCUUCAACUGUGUCUAAGUUUCGUCCUUCGAAGGUUUCCGUCAACUCAGCAACCGGAAGUAAGACUCCAAAUUGUGUCUCAUGUGGUGAGCAGCAUUCGAUCGCACAAUGUCCGAAGUUUAACAAGCUGUUGUUGGACCAAAGGCUACAGUUUGCAAACUCCAAGCGGCUCUGCAGCAACUGUUUAGGGCGAAAUCAUAUGGCACGCGACUGUCCUUCGAAAUUUCGUUGCAGGACUUGUUCAAAACGGCAUCAUACACUACUUCAUCCUGGAUUUCCCGGUUCUGGCUCUACUACUGUUUCGUCCUCGGCUACGCAGGGGCUGUCAUCUUCCACCCUAUCGGCGUCCGACGAGGCAUCGAACUCCGGAAGUGCAAUCUCAAGUUCGAUCCAAUCGGUCUCGACUAAUCUGGCUUCAGGACACCCUGGAACACACGUUUUCUUGUUAACUGUAAUACUCAAAAUAAAGGACAACUGGGGUAGACAACAUUACGCUAGAGCAUUAUUGGAUUCUGGAUCGCAAGCCAAUCUGAUAUCGGAGAAUCUAUGUCAGUUGCUCAAGUUACCAAGACGAAGUAAAAGAGUAGAAAUUAGCGGUAUUGGAGGGUCUAGAAAAAAUACAGCCCAUGAGGUUUCUGCUGUACUCUCAUCGCGGGUUCAAAACUUUUCGUUGCCAAUAACAUUUCUGGUUCUGGGGCAGGUCACGGACAACCAGCCAUCUACCUCGCUUCCAUUGGCAAAUUGGAAGCCGCCAAGCGGCAUGGAACUCGCUGAUCCUGGAUUUUACGUUGCAGGACCGAUCGAUUUGGUGCUCGGGUCUCAGCACUUCUACGACUUUCAUCUUCUCCAUGGUGGCCGGAUGCAGGUUCGCAAACUUGAUGAUCACUUACCUGUGUUUGUCAAUACGGUCUUCGGCUGGGUCGCUGCUGGAGAGUCGGAAUGGUCGCCUGGUAAAUCAUCCAUUAGCUGUCACGUCACGGUAAUGGAACCGCUCGAUAAGGCUAUCGAGAAGUUUUGGACAAUCGAGGAGAUAUCCGAGAAUCCGUUACGAUCGCAAGAAGAAAAGGAUUGCGAAGAACACUUUCAAAGCACAAUCACACGCGAUGAAACGGGACGCUAUGUAGCACGGUAUCCAAAACGGAAUGGCUUUCACGCGAAAAUUGGGGAAUCGAAGAGCACGGCGUUACGACGAUACCAUCAAUUGGAGAAACGGUUGGAAAAGGAUUCUAGCUUGCGCGAAAAAUACAUCGAAUUCCUGCAGGAAUAUCUAGAUUUGGGGCAUAUGCACCAUAUCGGUUCGGUAGAUUCCACUUUGGACGAAGAAUUGACAGCUUACUACUUACCUCAUCAUCCGGUGUUCAAGGAGUCUAGCUCAACGACGAAGGUGCGGGUAGUGUUCGACGGAUCAGCGAAAACAACUACCAACAUAUCUCUUAACGAUGCUUUACUCACAGGUCCUGUUAUUCAAGACGAGUUGUUGAGCCUCAUGAUUCGUUUUCGUAAGCAUGCUGUCGCGUUAAUAGCGGACGUGGAAAAAAUGUAUAGACAAAUACGCAUUCACCCGGAAGAAACAUGUCUUCAACGAAUCUUUUGGCGCUUUCAUUCCUCAGAACCAAUAAAGGUGUACGAGCUUCAGACUGUUACUUACGGCUUAGCACCUUCUUCGUUCAUCGCAACUCGCGUACUUAAACAGCUCGCACUGGAUAAUGGUGGCAAAUACAAACUUGCUGGUCCAGCUGUAAUGAAGGAUUUUUAUAUGGAUGAUUUCCUUUCGGGAGCAGAGUCUAUAGCAAAAGCAAAGCAGCUACGAAAAGAAACCCAAUCUCUGAUGGCGGAAGGCGGCUUUGAAUUGCGAAAAUGGAGCUCAAAUUGUUCGGAAGUGUUGGCUGACUUACCUGCUCAAGUUCUUGGUGAGCGCUCCAUAUUGCACUUCGACUCGGAAGCAAGGGUAAAAACGCUCGGUGUGGUAUGGGAGACGGAUACGGACCAGUUGUGCAUUGAGGUUCGAACAACGGAAGUAGACGAUCAUUGGACGAAGAGGAAAAUAUUUUCGGUCAUUGCGCAACUGUACGACCCACUCGGAAUAGUUUCUCCGGUUAUAUCUUGGGCGAAGAUCAGAAUGCAACACCUUUGGUUAGUUAACGUUGACUGGGACGAACCUGUCCCACAAGAAAUCGAAGCUAAGUGGAAGGAAUUUCAUGCUCAAAUCCCCCUAUUGAAACAACACAAGGUCCCCCGGUAUUUAUUUAUCCAGGAAUAUUGCACAAUUCAAUUUCAUGUCUUUUGCGACGCUUCAGAAGUCGGCUAUGGUGCGUGUAUGUACGCCCGGUCGAUCAACAAAGCUGCUCAGGUUCGAAUCCAGCUCAUAGCGGCCAAAUCACGUGUAGCGCCAAUCAAACGGCUUAGUUUACCUCGGUUGGAACUGUGCGCUGCUUUAUUAGGGGCCAGGCUCUAUGCACGUGUCUCGGUCGCGCUUGGAAUGGAGGGAAUUCGUUGUUGGUUCUGGUCGGACUCUACUGUCACGCUGCAUUGGAUUGCUGCUCCUCCAAAUACUUGGCAAACGUUUGUGGGUAACCGUACAUCAGAAAUACAACUGCUGACACAUGGACACAAGUGGAAUCACGUAAAGGGAACGGAUAACCCGGCGGAUCAUGUGUCGCGUGGUAUGCUACCAAAAGACUUUAUUGCCGAUACGCUUUGGAAGUGUGGUCCAUUGUGA